AUGAUGUUUGCUAGAAGUAGAUUGAAAAGGCAAGAAAAUGAAAUUACGCUUCUGCACAGACAACCUCUUGUAAAACUGUGGGGCAGGAAGCAGUUCAGGAAGCAAAAACUCCAUUUGUUUCUGCGGGAGAAAAUGAAGAGGCUUCUUCAAGGCCAGGUAGAUGAGAAUCCAAACCACGCGCAUCACUGCCAGCUCUCCCCGGUGGAGAUUGAAACAGACAUGUUUGUUUGUGGAAUAAAGAGGAGCUCUGUGAGCACUGAAUUUUCCACUGCUGGAGGGGACUUCCAUCAGGAUGGAGGAUGUGAUUCCAAGGGAGUGAGUGAAGUGUGUGUUGGUGAGGUGGAACUGAACUGGGAUGGCUAUGUAAAAAUACCAUGCUCAGUUCAACAGAACAAGAAGGAUUUGCAGGGAAAUUCUUCUGAUGGUACAAUGCAGACCUCUUCUGAAAGAAAGGGCAGAGCGUCUGAGGGGCAGGACCUUUCUUCACUGAGCAUUACCAUGAGCUGGAGGGAGGUAGCUGAAAGGCAAGGAUGCUUUCCCCAGGAAAAGCCCACUGCAUACAAGAGUCGUAGACGGCAAUCAAGAGAUCGCUCAGCUGAUGUGGUUGAUUACAUUGUUAAAGAGCUCCAGGGAAUAAGUCGCAUCCAGACAGAGAUUGCAGAGCUCCGGCAACACCUCACCUUGAUAAAAGGCUCUGUGGAUGAAGUCUCCAGCUGCGUGGAUACGGUUUUGAGUGAGAUAGAAGGCCUGCAAGGUGGUUCCACUAGCAAAACCCAGGGCACACAUGCUCUAGAGCCAGCUAGGGAGGUACACAAGGAAGAACCAAUAUUAUAUUUUUAUGGCAUCCCGGAAAAAGACAAUGAAAACACAGUAGAGCUUAUCUGCAGCUUCUUGUCUGAAUAUCACUGUUUCAAUGGCAUCCAGUGCAGUAAGUAUAUAAAAGAUGCUUAUAGAUCAGAUACUGGUACAGGCAAGCCCUUAAUGCCAAGACCAGCAGUUGUGAAACUUGUCAAUUGUGAACAGAGAGACUUUAUUUUACAGAAGUCUAUCCUUCUGCAAAGCUCAGGGGUUCGAAUUGCUACCAGUGAAGAGCAGAAGCAACAGAAUGGCCAGAGGGGCCGCAAAACAGAUUCAGUCUCUUCGCAGUCUGGCUUCAAGAAAAAUCAUCGCAACUCAGUGAAUCCCGAUGCAGCUCAAAGAACUGAUGCAGUUGGGCAGUUUCGAAUGGACUCAUGCCAGGUUAAGUGUAAAAGCACGAGUAAGAAAACACAGUGUGUAGAGGAGAAACUUGAUUCUGUACAGAAGUCAACCUUGACUAAGAAAAACAACUUGAUACCUGAAACUGCGAAGGAAGCACAGACGAUAAGCUGCAGUGAGCAGCCUGCAGAUGACAGUGACAUUCAGCAAGUCCUUCAUGAACCUCUACAAAAUCCGCAGGUGACCGGUUUGGCCAAAUCAAGUGAUGGUAGUUACAGCUGCUCAUCUGACUCUUUGGGCUAUGCAAGCCAGAUGUGUGCUUCAAGCAAUGGUAGUGAGCACAGGCUUGACUCUGAAAGCAUCACUGAGAAUGGUUCUUCCCUAAUAGAUAAAGAUGAGGGGAUAACCACAGAAGAAAUUGAAACAGACUGUGAUACCCCAUGCAAAUUUGCUAGUGUGGACAAAGUUGAUGUUCAAAGAGAAGAUGUUUCUAGUGGGGUGACAACCAUUAGCUAUGAUCGUACAACAGAUGAAAUGGCUGAUAGUAGUGACAGCUUGAAAGAUAUGAUCCAAAUGGACCUGAAUGAUCAAGAUCCAACUGAUCAGGUCUUUAGAGAUGUCCUGGAAAAUUCCCAGUACUUCCUUGACCAUUCCCGGGAUAACAUUGAUCUUGUAGACAUGAAGUUUUACACUAAUAAGCUUGGAAAAGCUAUUCAUCACUUCAGGUCUGCCCUGCAGGUGGUUUUUCACAAACUGGAGACAAGUGAUUCUGACAUCCUUUUAGAAAAUGAUAGUGGCUUACAGAUGGAUGAUGACAAUACGCUGAUGCUGACCAGUUCAGGUAUGUGUGGCAGCUCUGACAACUUUGCAGAAACCCCUCCCAGUCAGUCCUCUGAGAGCCAGGCAAAUGCAACUGUCAACAGUGAAGCGUCCACUCAAAUGCGGUUUGUUCCUUCCAGUAUCUCUUCUGUUCCAUAUGAACCUCCUGUUUCCAGUUUGAUGCCAUCAUCGGACUGUGAAAUCCCUGCUGGGCAGCGCUCACCUCCUGAGGAGCUUGGAGGAGAUGUGAACUCUCUACCUGAACAAACAAAGGAGUGCAGACCCAUGAGCCUCGACAAAGUGUGCGCAGAGACCAUCUAUUUGAACAAAUGCAUCAACAAUUUCAAAAAUGUGCUGAGGGAAAAGAGACAAAUGCGUAGGAGACUCUUAAAAGAAUUAGCGCAGGAGGGAAACUGGAUUUCUGCUGAGGAGACAAAUUCAGAAGGAGGUAGAGGAGAGCUCCAGGUUGGUCAAGAUGAGGCUGAUCCAUCAAAACCACCCUGGCUCAAGGGAGGGCCUGCAGGUGGUCUCUAUGGCAUCGAUAGCAUGCCUGAUUUACGGAAAAAAAAGCCUAUUCCACUUGUCAGUGAUCUGGCCAUGUCACUGGUUCAGUCCCGGAAAGCCGGAAUUACCUCAGCAAUGGCCACUAGAACAUCUCUCAAAGAUGAAGAGCUGAAAUCUCAUGUCUAUAAGAAGACCUUGCAAGCCUUAAUUUACCCCAUCUCUUGUACAACCCCCCACAACUUUGAAGUGUGGACAGCCACCACUCCCACCUACUGCUACGAAUGUGAGGGGCUGCUGUGGGGUAUUGCACGGCAGGGAAUGCGCUGCGGAGAAUGUGGAGUCAAGUGCCAUGAGAAGUGCCAAGAUUUGCUCAACGCUGACUGCUUACAGAGAGCAGCGGAGAAGAGCUCGAAGCAUGGAGCUGAAGACCGAACGCAGAAUUUCAUCAUGGCCAUGAAGGAUCGCAUGAAAAUCCGGGAGCGGAACAAGCCAGAGAUCUUUGACUUGAUCAGAGAUGUGUUCUGUGAGAGCAAAAUGACACAUGCUCAGCAGAUGAAGACAGUGAAGCAGAGUGUGCUUGACGGGACCUCAAAAUGGUCAGCAAAGAUCACCAUCACAGUGGUGUGUGCUCAGGGUCUGCAAGCCAAAGACAAGACUGGGUCCAGCGAUCCGUAUGUAACUGUCCAAGUGGGUAAAACAAAGAAGAGGACAAAAACAAUUUUUGGGAAUCUGAACCCUGUUUGGGAAGAGAAGUUUUACUUUGAGUGCCAUAAUUCUUCUGACCGGAUCAAGGUACGAGUGUGGGAUGAAGAUGAUGACAUCAAGUCUCGUGUCAAGCAGAGACUGAAACGCGAGUCGGAUGAUUUCCUGGGGCAGACAAUCAUUGAAGUCCGUACUCUGAGUGGAGAAAUGGAUGUGUGGUACAACCUUGAGAAGCGAACAGAUAAGUCUGCAGUGUCUGGGGCCAUUCGCCUGCAAAUCAGUGUGGAGAUCAAAGGCGAGGAGAAGGUGGCUCCAUAUCAUAUUCAGUACACUUGCCUUCAUGAGAACCUCUUUCACCAUCUCACAGAUGUGCAAGGAAAUGGGGUGGUGAAGAUCCCUGAUGCCAAAGGAGAUGAUGCCUGGAAGGUGUAUUUUGAUGAGACAGCUCAAGAGAUCGUGGAUGAGUUUGCAAUGCGUUACGGCAUUGAAUCAAUAUACCAAGCCAUGACGCAUUUUGCAUGUCUCUCCUCUAAAUACAUGUGCCCAGGCGUGCCAGCUGUGAUGAGCACCUUACUUGCCAAUAUUAAUGCUUAUUAUGCGCACACCACUGCCUCCACAAAUGUGUCUGCGUCGGACCGCUUUGCAGCAUCCAAUUUUGGGAAAGAACGAUUUGUGAAGCUUCUGGACCAGCUUCAUAAUUCACUUCGAAUUGAUCUCUCAAUGUACAGAAAUAACUUCCCAGCCAGCAGCCGCGAACGGCUGCAAGACCUGAAGUCUACAGUGGAUUUGCUGACCAGCAUCACUUUUUUCAGGAUGAAGGUCCAAGAGCUGCAGAGUCCACCCCGAGCCAGCCAGGUAGUGAAGGACUGUGUAAAAGCUUGUCUCAACUCUACCUAUGAGUACAUUUUCAACAACUGUCAUGAGCUGUACAGUCGCGAGUACCAGACAGAUCCUAAUAAAAAUCAGGACCUUCCUCCUGAGGAACAGGGCCCCAGCAUUAGGAACCUGGAUUUCUGGCCAAAACUCAUCACUUUAAUAGUUUCCAUCAUAGAAGAGGACAAGAAUUCUUAUACCCCAGUCCUGAAUCAGUUUCCUCAGGAGCUUGCUGUUGGGAAGAUCAGCGCAGAGGUGAUGUGGAGUCUUUUUGCCCAGGAUAUGAAAUACGCAAUGGAAGAGCAUGAGAAGCACAGACUGUGUAAAAGUGCAGACUAUAUGAAUUUACACUUCAAAGUGAAGUGGCUGUACAAUGAAUAUGUUCGUGAUCUGCCUGCCUUCAAGGGAAAAGUGCCUGAAUAUCCAGCGUGGUUUGAGCAGUUUGUGAUGCAGUGGCUGGAUGAAAAUGAAGAUGUUUCCUUAGAAUUCUUGCACGGUGCUCUGGAGAGAGACAAAAAAGAUGGGUUCCAGCAAACAUCCGAGCAUGCUCUGUUCUCUUGCUCAGUGGUGGACGUCUUCACCCAGCUCAAUCAGAGCUUUGAGAUCAUUAAGAAGCUGGAGUGCCCAGACCCUGUCAUUGUUGCUCAUUAUAACAGGAGGUUUGCUAAGACUAUUGGGAAAGUGCUGAUGCAGUAUGCUGACAUCGUCUCCAAGAGCUUCCAGUCCUACUGUUCCAAGGAGAAACUGCCCUGCAUCCUGAUGAAUAACAUCCAACAGCUGAGGGUGCAGCUAGAAAAGAUGUUUGAAGCCAUGGGUGGUAAAGAGUUGGAUGCAGAAGCAAGUGACCAUCUCAAAGAGCUCCAGGUGAAGCUGAACAAUGUUUUGGAUGAGCUGAGUGCUGUGUUUGGUAACAGCUUUCAGACUCGUAUUGAUGAGUGUGUCAAGCAAAUGUCUGACAUCCUAUGUCAAGUGAAAGGGACAGGAAACGUUGCUGCUAAUGCCAGAAACACAGUUGCACAAGAUGCGGAUAAUGUCUUGAGGCCACUGAUGGAUUUCCUGGAUGGAAACCUGACACUGUUUGCGACUGUGUGUGAAAAGACAGUGUUGAAACGGGUGCUGAAAGAGCUCUGGAGGGUGGUAAUGAAUACCAUGGAGAAGCUGAUUGUGCUGCCUCCUCUUACAGACCAUACG